AUCAAAAGUUAUAACCAAGUUUGGCCGAAGAACCCUAACACAAGUUUCAUCAGUUUAAUGCCUCUGUGUAGCAACAGAACAGUGACUACUGAAGAAACGGUGAAAAAUACGAGCUUGAAUUGGGCACUUGACAAAGUGAUUCGUUGAUAUCUUGUAUCUUUGUCAAGAAACAUUCAAAGAUUUAUCCAACUUUGGUGACAGAAAACAACAGAGAUCAAUGGCAGCCGAAUCUGAUGUGGGAGCAACUGUAAGUGAAAAUCAGCAGCCGCAACAAAAGAUACAACUAUAUCCCACCUCAACUGGUGAAAUAUCCUCCUUUUGGAGAGAGAAAUAUGAAAGAGAUGCCAAUAAAUAUUGGGAUAUAUUCUACAAACGUCAUCAAGAUAAGUUCUUUAAAGACCGUCAUUACUUGGAUAAAGAAUGGGGGAACUACUUCUCUGGAGCAGGAAGAAAAGUCAUCUUAGAGGUUGGAUGCGGAGCUGGAAAUACUAUCUUUCCUUUGCUUGCAGCAUACUCAGAUAUAUUUAUACAUGCCUGUGAUUUUUCACCACGUGCAGUGAACUUGGUUAAGAUGCACAAGGAUUUCAAGGAGGACAGGAUUAGUGCAUUCAUUUGUGAUCUGACUGUUGAUGACCUAAGCCAACAGAUUUCUCCUUCUUCAGUUGACAUUGUGACCAUGGUAUUUGUUUUAUCUGCAGUAUCCCCCGAGAAAAUGCCCCUAGUGAUACAGAACAUCAGAAAAAUUAUGAAGCCAGAUGGUUAUGUAUUGUUCCGUGAUUAUGCAACUGGUGAUCUUGCUCAGGAAAGGUUCUCAGGCAAGGAACAGAAGAUCUGCGAAAACUUCUAUGUUAGAGGUGAUGGCACUCCAGCUUUUAUAGCAUCCUACUUCUGUUGCCAGCGAGCUUUCUACUUUUCAGACGAGUUCUUGCGAAAUCUGUUCAAAGAAAAUGGAUUCAGCAUGGAAGAACAUGUCUUGUGUUGCAAGCAAGUGGAAAAUCGAUCAAGGGAAAUAGUGAUGAAUCGCCGUUGGGUUCAAGCUGUAUUUAAGGCAGCCCAUGGUAACUGUAUGUCUGGUGAAAGAACUGGGAAGCAAGUAAAUCACAUGGAGGAGGAUUGUUAUAAACCCAAAGUCAAGGACAUUACUUGGAAAGAUGCUACAAAUAGGUCCGAGAUUGAUUUAUCAGAGGGAAUGGGUGUUGACAUGUUUGGUAUUUCAUCUUCCAGCGAGGAGAUUGUUGACAUCAUUAUAAGAGAUGAUAAGUUCAAGAUUAAAGUGCUUUCCAAAGAGUACCAACAUACCUGCAAAUCGACUGGUUUGAUUCUCUGGGAAUCAGCUAGGUUAAUGGCUUCUAUUCUUGCUUCCAAUCCUGCCAUUGUUUCUGGGAGAAGGGUUUUAGAAAUUGGAUGUGGCUGUGGGGGAAUCUGUUCAAUGGUUGCCGCACGAUCUGCUGAUCUUGUGGUUGCCACCGAUGGAGACACUAAAGUACUUGACCUGUUGACGGAGAACAUUGCUUUGAAUCUCAAAUCACCAUCUCUUGAAAGAUUAAUUACGAAAAAACUAGAAUGGGGAAACAAGAAUGAUAUAGAUUAUGUCAAGCAACUCAGCGAGAAAGGUUUUGAGGUCAUUCUUGGCACUGAUGUAACUUACGUUGCUGAAGCAAUUAUUCCCUUGUUUGCAACAGCUAGAGAACUGAUUUCAUCCAGCAGAGUUGUAAAGGACAGAGAGCCAGCUCUGAUUCUAUGCCAUGUUUUCCGCAGAGUUGAUGAGCCAUCAAUACUUUCGGCAGCAUCUCAGUUUGGUUUUAGGCUGGUCGACAGAUGGCCUGAGCAAACCCCGACUGGCCCAUAUCAGGGCACGAUCAAGAGUUGGUUUUCAGAGGGCGAUCUUGAAGUUCCAACAGCAGCACUCAAUAUUAUGUAUUUUCAGUCGAGUACAAGUGAUUGAAUUUUUUCACUAGUCUUCAUGACUCCUCCCCAUUGUCACGUGCGAAAAAGGGGGAUGGAAAUGUUGUUUUUUCAGAACAUGGAGGUCCAUAGAACGCUUAGUCUUAGUUUUUGGGAUGAAUGAGUUUGAAAACUAGUUGUGACUUUUUAUUCAUUGAACGGGAAAAUUUGUCUAUGUGCUCAUCAACAUGCAUAUUUGAGAUAAAUAAUUAUUAGUUUUUAAAAUUUUAA